CGCUUCCCACCUCAGUUGUCGGUCAGACGCGCACGCAUGCGCACGCGAAAAGCAAAGCUAGCUCGGGGGAUCUGCAUAAAGUAACUGCGAAAGAUACAACGAAACGAAACGAUACACGCGUUCACCGUUAGUCCAUAGGUGUGAGUGUGUGAUGAAGUAAUUGCAGCUAGUAGAUAGCCAGCCUACCCACAAAUUCACAGCCAAAAGCAAAUAGAAAACUUCGCCGCUAAAUGUGGCAGCGAAACUUCAAACAAACAAACGAGUCCAAAGUAAAUACGUGAAGAAAGUACAAUCAAAAAAGAAAGAGAAGAAAAAACACACACAACAGCCAGCCACUGUCCAAAAGAAUUUAGCAGCAAAGAGGAGGAGCAGGAGAAGAGGAGCAGCAGCAGCAAGAGGAGCAGGGGGAAGAGGCGGCGCGCAGUAGCAGUGCGGAAAUCAAUGAAAUUGUGUUUGCGGGCUAAUCUGGUUUUACUCGAAACACUUUACUUUACUUUUGCCUUGCCCGCAAAUUGAUUUGUCAAGUGGCCAACGAUUUCGCCGAUAAAGCGAGACCAGCAGCCCAGCCAUUGUCUACGUUGGGCAGCACGUAGCAGCGGGAGGAGUCAGCACUCAAGCGGAUCCAACUAAAUAAACAGCCAAACGGACACACAAAUUGACUGGCCGCCUGGGCCACUUCAUUUGGUUUCGUUUCUUUGAGCAAUUGCCAGGUUAAAGGUGCAAACAGCCAUCACUGCCAGCUGUCAGUUGUUUCAAGGAAGUGCUAAGCGGCGAAGGUGAAACUGAAAUUGAAAAUGCACAGACCGCUCGAACAGAUGCACCAUAAUUGGACGUCAAGUGAGAGCGGGUCCUCAAAGCGGGACAGUAGAAAUCGCACCUGCGACAGCAAUCGGAAUUGCAGUCGGAAUCGUAAACACAGUGGGCGCCACCACCCAGGCGGCAUCAGCAUCAGCAUGGUCAAAUCAAACACUUGGCUGCUGCUCUUGGCCAUGCUCUGUCUAAUCAACUUUGUCGCCAAGGCGGAUGAGACUGCACGAAAUGGACGCAUUGGCCGCCAUCUAUCCACAACACCUUUGACAGCGACGGAGCUCCCAGCAACAGCAACAACGACAGAGUCAGUGACAGAGCUAACGACAGAGCAGCCAGCGGCGGACUCUGCCACGGAACUGGCACAGGAAGAGUGGCAGCCUGUGCUGAAUGCCACACAGUUGCCGCUCAGGAAGCGGAUGAGUGAAGGAGCUGCUGGCAGUGACUCCGUGCUGCUGCGUCUGGCCCGUCGCUUUGCCAGCGGCAAUGAGCUCUGGGACGGCAUCAUUCGCGACUGCUACCUACGGCCAGACAUCUCGUGCUUUCAAAAGAACGUUUUCAGCUAUCUAAAUGAGGCGCUCGAUGUGCAGGAUGUGAAUGUGACACAGCGCCUCAAGUUCUUCAAGAAUCAAGUGCAGUACGAGGCGGAUAAGCAGGAGCAGGAGCAGCAGCAGCAGCAGCACAAUGCAAACGAGAUACCAAAUCGAGCGCGUGCCGCCAAUCCGGCGGAAACCCCCAUCGAGGAAGUGACAACUGCGCUGUAUGGCAAAAGCAUUAAGUUUGCAAUGACCCACGAUCUGGAAGUUGAUUUGCCAGAAGUAAUGUUCAACGGCGCCACAUUCCGCAUCUCCCCGCGCGCCAUCGAAGGCAAUGGCAUUAUAGCCAAGCUCGAGCUGAUACCCAAGCAGGUGGUCAAGGCCCGACUGGCUGGCAUGAUAAUCCAGAAGAAAAUACAAAAAUUUCUACGCAGCAAAAUCGUGCUGUCAUUCCUGGCCUUGCUGCUAAUCAUUAAAAUCAUCAAGAUCAAGUUAUUCUGGCUGCUCCCCAUCGUCAUUGGUGUUGGCGCUGCGAAGAAGUUGCUCCUGAAGUUCCUGCUCUUCCUGUUCCCGGCACUGUCGCACCUCUUCAAGCUGUGCUCCCACUACCAGCAGUCGUAUCAUGCGCCGCUCAAGUACCAUCACCAUCAUCAUCUGAUCGAUCAUCAUCACACGGUGGUUCCACCAUGGCACAGCGGAGAGCACCAGUCGGUGCCCGACAUCAUCUACACACACCCACCGAAGGGUCAUCCAUCGGCGUAUCUGCAUGGUGCGCCCGUGCACGAGACCCAUGGCCCGGGAGGAUUCGAGCACUUUGAGGGCGCCUGGGAGAACAGCGGCCCGGGAUUGGGCUCUGACUACAUAGGCGAUAUAAAUCGCGCUGCACAAAUAGAGGAUAAUCCGCAUUACUUUAAGCCGAAUACGGCGAACGAUGCGGGGGUACUGCAUGCUUGGGGUCUGGGCACCACACAGACGACGCAUCCCAAACAGCAGCAGCAACAGCAGCAACGUUGGCCUGCCACACAGCAAGCCAGACCACCGUUGGCACAGCACCAGAAGCAACAUCAACAGCAGCAGCAGCAGCAGCAGCAGCACAAAUUUCAGCAACAAUUAAACGCGCAGAAAGUACACGCCUCUAGUCACAGUUUAAAUCCAUUUCAAAGUCAGGAUAAACAAAGCUCAAGGCCAGCUUACACCCAGUCGCAUCCGGUGUACGUAGCAGGACAACAACAGCUGGGACCAGGACAAGGACAGGGACUGGGCCCCGGAGCAGGGCUGACGGCUGCCGCACAGAUUGCCGCACAAUACGAGCCGGCACGCAACAAUCAGCAGCAGCAGCAGCAGCACCAACUGGAGCCACAACUUUCGCCCGAACUGGCCGCACAGCUGAAGGAGGCCAUUCGCAUUCAGGCCGAGCAGCGUCUCAUCCAGCAGCAGCAGAAAAUACUCGAGCAUCAGCCCUUCGUGCAGGAUGGACAGCCGCUGUACCCGCUGAACUAUGAUCCCUUCUACAGUCCCAUUCUGCUGAAAAUCGAUAAAAUCGUGGAGCAGUUGGGCGUCAAGAAUGACCUCUGCAAGGAGCGAAUUGUGUGCAGCAUGUACAAGGAUCCAGCCACCUACAGUCCGCACAGCAAUUUCGUUUCAGCUGAGCUGAGUCGCGAUACCAGCGAGCUGGAGCCCGUGACGCAUGCGAAUGAGGCAGUGCGGCGCUUCUAUCGGCUCAUCCAGGCGGCGCGUGAUGGACAGGAUCAAAAGGAUUGCCAGAGCCUCUAUCCACAGUGCACAAUGCCGGCAAAGUGAGUGGCCCGGGAACGAGCACGAGCACGAGCAAACUUUGAAGUCAAACUUUUUCCUUAUUAAACUGAACUGUAAAUACGGAUAACACGCGAUAGCGCCUAGCACCUAAGCCUAAUUUAUUCUAAUUUGUUAAACUCUUAUUUAUUUAUUUAUUUAUUUUAGCGUGUAAGCGUCGGGGGUUGACUCUCAUUAAUAUUCAUUCUGAUUUUGUUGCAGUGGUUCCUUCGGACCAUUAAUUUAUUAGAACUGACUGCGGCUUUUGCGGUUCGUACACUCUUUAAAUUCUCACUCACACACGCACGCACACACGUGCAAAAUGCACUAAAAAAACCAUUCACUAAAUACGAAAUAAUGAAAUCAGAAUAUUUAUUAAUGGCCGGCCAGACAGACCCGGCUGAAAAUUCAAUUAGUCAAUAUGAAAAAUUGUUACUAGCGAAAACCCAAAUUGCAAAAAA